UCAAAUAUUAGGAAGACAAUAUAAUGUCUAGAAAAAAACAUAAUGUUUCAUAUAUUAAACCGAAUGAACCAAAAUUUUUACGCGAAUUAAAAGAACAAAUCGGAUAUAAGGAAGGACCUACAAUCGAUACGAAGAGAGAAAUAUUACCACAAGAUUCAGAUAAUGAUGAAGAAGAACGUGAAGAAGAGAAACCUGUUGUAGUUGUAUUAAAUUCUGAACAUUUAACUGCAAAGCAAGCAGAGGCAUAUAAGAAAAAAAAAGAAGAAGAAGAGGCUAAUGCUCCUGCAGAUUUAUCUAAACGAAUUAUAUUUAGAAAAAACAAAAUAACAACAGAAUUAGAACCAGCAGAUAAACCAGUAAAAAAGAAAAUAAAGAAAACAAAACAAGAAAAAGUUAUAUUAUCUUUCAAUGAAAAUGAUGAUGAUAAUUUAUAAUGCUUAUGUGUAUUAAAUAUUUUUAUAAUUAAAAUAUA